AUGUUCUACACCUACGCGGAGAAGCACGGGAACAGUUUCUUUGGCAGCUGGCAGACACGCCAGGUGGCCUUUGACACGCUGCGCCGCUACCUCUACUACUCUGAGCCGGUCACCAACGUGAUUCCUCUCGCUCACAGCCACACCCUGAUGGCAACGGACAUCACCACCACCACUACUAGUCAUGAUGGUAGCAGUGGCAAUGCUGUUGCGCAGCCUGCGCGCACAAGUCCUGCCGCGUCAUCAAGCACCUCCGUGGGGCACGCAGUCGAUGAAGUUGCCGUGCCACCGACAAGUGUCACGUGGCGGUGCAAGGUGAAGGUGUCGAGGGUGCUGCCGCUGGCUACCAUGCCUGAGUUUAGACCUGACCGCUGUGCCGAUGAACGUGACCUCUAUCAGCUCGAGAUCCAAGGCGAGACUCGCGCGAUGGUGCGGGGUGAGAUACCGCCUGCGGGUCCACUUCUUUGCCCUGCCGCCGGCCUCUCCCAGCUGGAGCGGUCUCGCUGCUGCACGAGCAACGACGCCUACAUCCGCGACCCGUUUUUUCUGAAGGAACUUUUUGACAGCCUCCGCGACCAGUUUGAGCAUCUGGCCAAUUGGCGGACGCAAGCGGCGGCAGCGGUCAGUGGUGAAGGUCUCAACGGUCUCACCAGCUACGCUGUUGUUGGUGCGGGUGUGCAGACGCUCGUAAGCCCUCGUGGUCCCAAGGGAGAGCUGCUGCAUGACGGUGUCGUCACUCCGGUCCGACUCAUCUUUCGCUGUCGUGAUGAGCGAGAGUUCCGUCGGCUUUGGUAUGUGCUGCAGUCAGUGCUUGGGUACGACAAGCUCAUUGUCCGGCCAUACCGUGGACUGCCUCCGUACGACCCGCGCAACGGUGUCGCCUUCGCUCAUAUCCACAUGUCUGUGUGGCACACCUUCCAGUCACUCGACAAGGCCGUCUUCUACACGUUCAUGCGAGGCAACGUGUACACGCUGGAGGAGGCUUCCAGCGGUAGUAUGCUGAACAACACCGCAGCAUUCCGCGCGUCGUCGGAGUCGGGCAGUUUUGCAGGCCUGCCAAAGUUGAAGCGUAUCUUGAAGGGGGCGUACCUCUGUGUCACACACGACUCCGUGCUGUGCAUGCGUAGCACCGGUAGCAUCCCUCGCUGGCUGCGCCUUGCAGAAGUGCAGGAGUUUCAUUGGAACCUUGUUGCUCGCCAUGCGACGACGAAUGCGCCGGCCCCCUUCUGUGUGUUUGUGUCGGACCCGCCCAUCCCAGACUUGUUCUUCGAGCCGCUGCCCCCUACCCACGGCACCGACUCCAUUGCCGCGUACACCCCACUAGUCGAUGUUCGCCGCCUCACCUGUGUCAUUCACGACUCUUGUUUUGCCUCUCUCAGCACCCGACGCGUGAUACGUAUGAGAGAGGCGCAGGACCCAUCGAUGGCGUCCUAUGUUGCCCGCACCGUGCAGGAGGGUCAGCGGCGGCCUACCGUGCAACGUGGAGCAGGCUACAAUAGCACACUAAGCUGUCCUCUGCCAAAGGAGCAGCUCGCGGCGGUGUGGCAGCAGGUGCAAUCGGAGCUACUGGAGCGUGGCAACAUGCUAAGUCGUGCUGCUAUUCCCAUCUACGCCAGCAACGCCAGGGACGUGGAGCUCUCAGAGGGCCAACUUUCAGCGGUCGAGCGCGAGCUGGAUGAGAAACGCGAGCAGCGCGACGACAUCGUGGGGAUGCCGCUCGAACACGCCCGGAGGCUGGAGCGGCGGGGCACGGAGGCAGCCGGCGUAAGGAGACGCGCAAAUAGGCCUCGGCCGCGGCACCGAGACGCCAACGCCAGUGUGGAGCAGGGCUCACCGUCGGUACUUGACUCUGUAUCUUCUGCGCGUGGACAGGCAUCUGGGGAGACGUCACCCCCUACGGCAGCAGUAACACGUGUAGUGCCACUCACGAUGGAGCUACUGCAGACACCCCAACUCCAAGGCUAUUUUGCGACCGGCACUGCAGGAGGGCAGCGUGAUGGGUGUGAGGCGUCUAGUUCCAAGAGCAGCAGUCGGAAAGAGUCUGCCGUGAUGACGAGCAGUGAGUACUCGAGCUACGUGGCUCCUGGUGCACGCUACAUCUCCCAAGACGAGUGGCAGAGUGGGAUGUAUGCACGCGCUGACUCGGUGCUCGCCGCUGAGUGCACCGCUCACGACUCUCGCCAUUCGCCUGUGAUUGUGGCAGCCGAGAGAGUCGCAGCCUCGACGGACAAGACUGCUGCUGGAGCAACGUCGCACCAGUACAGUGAGGAGCGCACAGUGAAUGAAAUUAUUGGUUGCAGCAUGGCAGCCCUAGAGGAAAGUCGCACCGACUUCCAUCAGCUCGAUCUGUGA